AUGGCAUACGUAUUGUUUGUAUUGACUGAACGUUGUGUUUGCGAUCACGUGUUGAAGCGGUUGUCAAUUGGCGGCCAAUUCGCCGCAUUGGUCUUCAUAGGUGUGAUUGUGUCCGCAAAUUGUGUCAAACUUAAUGAAAGGCGAAUACUAUUGCCGUUCAGUAAUGGUGUGAACACUAACUUCACGUUAGAGGCAACCAAUGAGAACUGCUAUCAAUGGUCGUCGUCACGUCUGGAUGUGGCCAGAGUUGAGCCGUUGGACGAGUCGAAGAGCUGUUCUCGACAGGCGGUGGUGUCUGUCGUGUCAACGGUUGCCAAACGCCAGUCAUCGGUAGUGACGGCCACUGAUAGCGCUUCUGGUUCUGUCAUCCGAUGCGAUGUUGAGGUCGAUGUCAUCGAUUCCAUCGAAAUCGUUACCACUUCUCAUGAGAUUGUUUUGGAAGAUUUGCCGGAGAUAUUGGAAGUGAAGGCCAAGAAUGAUAAGAAUGACACGUUCACAUCAAUCGCUGGCAUUCAGUUUGAGUGGACUCUCAGUCCCGUCGAUAUACUCAGAUACCGAACGUGGUCUUCAUCGGCCUAUACCGGGCCUCCAUUUGUGCACUUCUGGGAAUCGCGUGAAUUGAAAGGAUCGGCAAUACUUAUAGAAGGCAUUCGCACGGGUUCUGCGAAAGUGACGGCACAUAUAGUGGGCGACGAUUAUAAGAAGGUAAAGACGGCCGAAAUCACACUCCAUGUGGUGGCAAAUCUGGGACUCAUUCCUCCAAAUGUGGUGUAUUUGAUGAGAGGAUCUAAGAUCGAGUUCAAGGCAGAGAUGACCAAACAGGGCCCUCGAGUGGCACUCACUCUCCCUUCUCCUCAAUACUAUCUGAAAGUAUUGGACCCAAAGAUUGCCAAAUUAGACGAACAAAGCAGUCAAGUGGAGGCCAUCAAAGAGGGUCACACAUCGCUCUUAUUAUUAGACAGAAAUGUGGCCACAAGUGAGAGCUCACGGCAACCGACCACUGAUAUCCAUGUCAUGACUCCGAGUUAUGUCUCAAUACAAGUAACGCCGGGCGAGAACUUUGCGUUGUGUGAGUUCACCAGUUAUGUCGUGUCGUUUACCAUACACGACGACUGGCACCAUAAGCUCUAUCCGGCGCCUAAUCUCGACCUCAAAGUGACGUUUCCUUCCCGUUAUUUCCAUGUGAACGAGUCGUCCACUAAUGGGACCUUUCAUGUGAUCCGAACUAUCAAUUCUGGGAAUUGCAAGAUAACAGCGCAACUGUUAGGCGCUGGAAGUGCUAAACUGGCCGUUCCUUUGGAAGUGUCUCAAGAAGUGACAAUAUAUCGUACACUACUUCUGACUCCGAGUCUGAUUCUAUUGCCAUGGAUUCCAUUACUUAAACCUACGUAUACUGUAUUCGUGACGGCCAGCGGUGCCACCGGUCAGUACCGAUGGGUGACGAACAACAGUUUGGUUGCGACCGUUAAAUACAAACAGGAGUUGUCUUCUCGUGUCACUGUUGUGACCAAAGAGGAAGGCGUGUCAUUAAUCAGUUGCCAAGACGUUCACAAUUCUGUCUUCUCCGCUAAUAUGAAAGUAUCGGUACAACCGGUGGUUGACAUCGAAAUACUUCCCGUUGUAUUGGAGACACACAUCGGCGGAACUGUCAUUCUUCCGAUUGCUGUCUAUGGCUACGAAUCGGAUUCAUCGAAGACUAAGCGUGUGUUUGACGACUGUUCACAAAUACCGUUUGACGUUGAGAUCGUUGAAAAGACUCGCGUUAAAUACGAUCCGAAAAACAUUAUGGCGGGCGUCGGGCAGCGCUCGUGUCGUAGUCUGGCGUUUGAGUGCAUUUCCACUGGAAAUACAAGAGUUUGGAUAAGAUAUGGAAAGGAAAAGUUGAGCACAACUGCAAUCAUUGGAUGCCAUUUACCAUUGAGAGCCGUUCAUCCGGAAGAGUUAUCUAUUAUGCCUUUGGGCGCCAUUAUUGACGUGGCCUUUGAAGGAGGGCCCCGUCCCUGGACUCUACACCCUGAAGGGCAUUACACCAGAUUGACCUCUUCGGAGUCAUCGGUGGUGUCAUCGCAUGAGAUCGUCGAUCGGUAUCAUCUUCACGUCUAUCGUGUGAAAUGUCUCCAAUACGGAGAGACAUCGAUCGAGUUAGAUGUGGGCAAUUUGGCGUCGCCUACACUUCCCAAUCCCGCCAAUGCAAAGGCUGAGAUCAAAGUCCAUUGCAGUCGACCCGUGUCUCUGAUUAUAAAACCAAAACUCAAGUCUUCGUGUCCAUUGUCUGCACCGCAAGACUCGGUAUUUCCCGUCGAGAAGAAUCAAAACACGGAGAUUGAAGUGGAAGUGCGCGACGACUCCGGACGAGCUUUUUAUAACAUAUCCACACUUGAUAUCAUGUGGAAUGUCGACGGUUUGGACGAUAGCAUUGAGAUUCCCAACGGAGUGAAAGAAGUGGUAAACGGCGCCAAAGGAUACUUUUCCAUCACUAGAAACGUCCAAAUUAUGAAAGAAUUUCUCACAAAUUCCGUGAAAAUAAGCGCAGAAAUAGUUGGAUAUAAAAAGCAAUAUAAAGAAAAAUUCAGAAUUAGAAGUGAAAUUGAAUUGAUUUCUGUGGAUAAGGGAGCCGUCGAUUCCGACAAUAUUGCCAUUUUUAACCAUCCAAAGCAAAAGUUUGUGGUUAACAUACGGAAGGGUUCGGGAUAUUUCGGCAUUGAUUCGGAAUUUGAGCGACAAUUCAUUAAUAUUAGUUUCAAACAGCAAUCAAAAUCAUUUACAAUUGUCCCGAAAGCGAUCGGCGGCGGAACCAUUCAAAUCAACGACUUGUGUCUCACAUCUUACGGAAGCACUGAUUUAUAUUAUUCUGUUGUCGAAGCGACUGAAGUACACAUUGAAAUCGUUGAUAAGUUUCAAUUGGGAAAUGUAAUCGAGGGAUAUCUCACUGUAAUUGACAACAAUGACAAUUACAUCGACUCUUCUAACCAUAAAUUACUUGAUUUAAUGCCUAUUCUGUCGAACAAAAUAUUAAUUUUUGAUGAAUUGAAGUCAAGUUUUAAACUGAAAGGCGAAGAGUUAGGGACGAGUACUUUGCAUUUUGUGAGCAAAUCGUCACAAAGUGGUUAUAUUGAGAGUCUUGUCGUUAAUAUACAGGUGUUCUCUCCGCUGCGAAUAGUGCCCUCCAAUCUAACACUUAUAGUCGGCGCUCACUUUCAGGUGACAACACUCGGAGGACCACAACCCCAGAGGAAUAUUGAGUACUUGUUGAACGACAAGUCUGUGGCCAGAGUUGACGCAAAUGGUCUCAUUGUUGGCACAAAAUUAGGAAAAACAAAACUAAUUGUCAGAGUGUUAAGCGUUGAGAACAUUGAAUACUCGAGAUCUGACAUUGACUUACAUGUGGUCGCUCUCAACAAAAUCAAAAUUGUCAGCCCUUCGAGUCAAUUGAGAAUUGGAUCACAACUUCCACUGCAACUGAUGGGCGCCAAUGAGUUUGAGACGCCGUUCAGUUUCGGUUCAGCCAUUCCUGCGCUCAAAAUCACAUGGAGUUUAAGCAAUAAGAAAAUCGCUACAAUUGGAGGUGUCUUUCAAAAUUCUGGAAUAAUUGACAAAAGCUUUGAGUCGAUAUCAGUUAGACUGCAAGCUAUUACCUCAGGUGUGGUAACAAUCAAAGUAAUGGUUGAGACACAGAAUGCAGUGAAGGAAUCGGCGUUUCAACAAAUAGAAGACAAUGAGAUAUUAACGGAUUCGCUACAAAUUCAUGUCUUUCCCUCAUUUUCGAUCGUAUCGAACGGCUAUAACAUCGACGAGAAAGUUAUCUUAAUGUCACCCAAUUCUCAGCUCUCGCUUCUCUCUAAUCGUAUCGGAGAAGCGGACUCACAGUUUGAACUCAUAAAUGCGGCCAAUGUUAAGAUGUCGUGCGGCGCCGACCGGUGUUUGAAGGCCGGCAUCACUCCCGAGGUCUGCUCUUUAGUUGUGAAGACCAGCGAGAAAUUUGGAGUCACUCUCACCUCAGUGUUCAGCGUUAGAGUCGACAAGAUUUCUUACCUUAUGGUUAACUCAAUUGAUUCCGUAAUAUCCGACGAAUCAGUGAAUGUGUUUCCGAUUGGUUCGGAACUACAAAUUGGUGUUUCAUUUCACGAUAAUAUCGGCAAAACGUUUGACUCGAUUCGCUCACAAAUCCACUUUGAGUCGAUAUCAGUUAGACUGCAAGCUAUUACCUCAGGUGUGGUUACAAUCAAAGUAAUGGUUGAGACACAGAAUGCAGUGAAGGAAUCGGCGUUUCAACAAAUAGAAGACAAUGAGAUAUUAACGGAUUCGCUACAAAUUCAUGUCUUUCCCUCAUUUUCGAUUGUAUCGAACGGCUAUAACAUCGACGAGAAAGUUAUCCUAAUGUCACCCAAUUCUCAGCUCUCGCUUCUCUCUAAUCGUAUCGGAGAAGCGGACUCACAGUUUGAACUCAUAAAUGCGGCCAAUGUUAAGAUGUCGUGCGGCGCUGACCGGUGUUUGAAGGCCGGCAUCACUCCCGAGGUCUGCUCUUUAGUUGUGAAGACAAGCGAGAAAUUUGGAGUCACUCUCACCUCAGUGUUCAGCGUUAGAGUCGACAAGAUUUCUUACCUUAUGGUGAACUCAAUUGAUUCCGUAAUAUCCGACGAAUCAGUGAAUGUGUUUCCGAUUGGUUCGGAACUACAAAUUGUGAAUGUGUUUCCGAUUGGUUCGGAACUACAAAUUGGUGUUUCAUUUCACGAUAAUAUCGGCAAAACGUUUGACUCGAUUCGCUCACAAAUCCGAUGGACUCUCUCGCGCAACGAUCUCAUCACUAUAUCUCGCGGUUCAGACAAUAGCACUCUUAAGAUCCGAUCGCUAAAAGAGGGCCGAACUUUGGUGCGAAUAUAUGACAACGAAAACAAUAUCGAUUAUUUCAAUGUAGACGUCGGACCCGUUAUCGAGCCCUACGAUCUGAGUAUAAGUGUUGGUCAAGUGGUUUGUCUGCAGUGCAAACUUCAAACAUCUAAAACAGGCGUUUGGUUCGUCGAAAAUCCAUUAGUUGGUGAAAUCGGAACCGAUUCGGGAGUAUUUGUGGGUCGAAGCGGUGGACACACACUCAUUGGUUGGAAAUCCGCAGACGGCGUGUCCACGUAUACACCCGUCACUGUGAAUCCUCCGCAAGAGUUUUCAUUAGACACAAGACAUUUGGUUGGAAUCACUAAUAUUAUCAGUCAAUCGAUUCCAAUAGUUAUUGUGAGUAAAAGCCAAAGCGUUAAUCGCAGGCAUUGCGGCAAUUCAGCCAAUUUGCAAAGCAUUGGAUCCGUUAAAAGUCCAUUUUCUUGUGAGAUUAUGUUCGAUAGUGUCCUCCAAAUGAAACCCAUUUGGAAUAUUCACAUUGAAUUUGACAGUAAUUCCGAUCAAUGGUUGUGUGGUUUUGAGCCUAAAAGUGACUUAAAUUUGGUAGAAAUGGCUUUAAUUAACACCAAUUUAUCCGUUUCUGUGAUCAUGUCGUCCACCGCUCGCGACUCAGAUAAUAACAGGCCAUUGAUUCACACCAUUAGUGUUCCGUUUGUGCCCGCGUUUGAUGUUUCACCGAAACAAGUGAUCCUAAGUCUGGAUCAAUCGGAAACCCGUCUAACCGUUCACUCCAUACCAUUAGUUCUCGAAGACUUAACUAUUAUAGCAUCAAAUCCUGAAGUGAUUAAAGUCUCAAAGUCUGAAAUAACCGACAAUUCAUUAAAAAUCAUAAUAUAUUUGAUAAAUGCGGACAUAUUUUCCAACGAUGUCUCAAAUUUGCACAUUUCUCUCAACUCGAAGAUUACGAAACAAAUGCAUAGAAUUCCCAUUCAAAUCAAACUCUAUCGACAAAACAUUCAACAAAUUUCACCCUUUUAUAUGUUAUUCAAAGAAUAUUCAAUCCCAUGGAUUGGCUUCACUGUCAUCGUUGGUAUUGUUUUGUACUUUCAGUCAAAAGUGAUGUUUAGUGCGGGCGCGACCACAACAGUGCCAUCCAAUAUGGGCUCUCCAUUCCUGGCCGACGCUCACACGCCUUCAAUGAAAGGACACAGAGCGUUGAACUACAGCCCAACACAACCGCAAACGCAAACGCCUACCACUUCUACUCCACGGGUCGGACGACCGCUGUAUUCAGUGCCCAAUACAUGAGUGUUUAAGUGCUUAACUACUGUACUAGUGAUGAGAUUUGAGUAAAUUUUAAUUAUAACAAAUUGUUUAUAUUUAUAUACUUUUUGAUAGCAAUCAACGAUAGCUCGCAUUCGUUUCAAUUGCAUUUCUAUUAAACAAAUUAUUUGAAUUAGUAAUACAUUAUUAAGAGCUUAAUUUUCAAGACAUUUCAUUACACAC